CCGCCUCACAAGUCACACCUCGCCCCUCCCGCUCUCCACUCGCAAAAAAAGAGAGGAAUUCGCCACCUCAUCGAAGCUUCGCGAGCCCUGACCCUAGCCAUGGCGAAUGGGGCUUCCGCGCCGUCUGCGGCGGCCGGGUCCUCCUCGUCUUCGCAGGCCGGCGGCGGCGGGGACGCACCGCGGCAGCGCCGCCCGCGCUCCGACCCGCUCCUCAUCGUCUGCCGCUGCUUGGGCGUCGUCACGGCGGCCACCGCGCUGCUCUGCGUCGCCGUCAAUGUCCUCUCCGCUGUCCAGUCCUUCCGCUCCCGCUCCGAUAUAAUUGGGGGCAUAUUCCGGUGCUACGCGGUGGUGUUCUCGCUGUUCGUGGCCGUCCUCGAGACUGAGUGGGGAUUCAUCAUCAAGUUCUGGAAGAUAUUCGAAUACUGGCCUGCAAGGGGGAUGCUACAGAUCUUUGUUGCUGUCAUGACAAAGGCGUACCCAAAUGUUGAAAGGAAUGAUCUGAUUUUGCUUCAGGAGAUUGCCAGCUAUAUGCUUCUUGCAUGUGGAGCGGUCUACGUAAUCUCGGGGAUAUUGUGCAUUGGUGUGUUAAAACGCUCUAGGCAACAGAAAGCCACAUCAAGAGAGCAAGCAGCCAAGGAUCUGGCGGAGCUGGAGAAACGGAGAGAAGAACUUGAGGCACUGUUAAUUGCUGAGCGGUCUGAGACUGCCUGAAGUCUGACCACAAUGAUCUACCAUCUCUCUUGCAGUGUAGAUAUUGUUUUUUUUCCUGCUGAUAGCAUGAUGCUUGGUCGCGGCCAUCCAUCGUUUCAUACAAAAGCAACUUCUUGUUGAAGUGUAUCUUCUUCUUAAGUUACUCUCUGUAAGUUAACAUUGUAAACUUGAUAUCCUGAUGCUACAUAUGGCUUUGCAGUCGCAUGUGUUUCACAUUUGAAUUUUGUGUGAAAGUAGGGUCUUGUCCAUGAAUCGCGAAUUCAAAGCAAAUUCCAUUUGACA